UCUUCGUUGCAGUGCGCGGGCUUCUCAUUGCAGUGGCUUCUCGUUGCGGAGCACAGGCUCUAGAUGCAUGGGCUUCAGUAGUUGUGGCACGUGGGCUCAGUAGUUGUGGCUCGCGAGCUCUAGAGCGCAGGCUCAGCAGUUGUGGUGCACGGGCUUAGUUGCUCCACGGCAUGUGAGAUCCUCCCGGGCCAGGGCUCAAACCCAUGUCUCCUGCGCCGGCAGGUGGAUUCUUAACCACUGCGCCACCAGGGAAGCCCCAAGCUCCUCACUUUAAAGAUGAAGUAAAUGAGCCCCAAGAAUUGUGAGCGGUGUGCCCCAGGUUACGCUGCUGGUUGAUGACAGAGAUGGACCCCGGGGCUCUUAACUCUCACUUCUGUAGUCUCUCUCGUUGCAUCUUUACCUGAAUCAGUUUGAAAAUAAAGAAUUCUAAACUCAGAAAACCAACUAGUACCACUUAACCCGCUUUUUUGCAUUAAUAACUGUUUUGGCUCAGGAAUCAUAAAGCGAGGCCAUUACAUCACUGCUGCCUCAAAAUGCAGUAACCAUGGUUCACUUGGACUGUGUGUCUGAAGGUAAUGGAAAUGUUGCACUCAGCUCGGACGUGUCCUGGGAGGAGCUGACGUCUGCGGCAUCUUCUCCUGGCCACCUCUCUGGUGUCACAUGGCCUAACUGCUCAUCUGUCUCUCCCCCACCCAGCACGGCACAACGCUCCUCAUGGUCGCCUCCUAUGCUGGCCACAUAGGCUGUGUGAGGGAGCUCAUCCUGCAGGGAGCUGACAUCAAUCUCCAGAGAGAGUCAGGUACAACUGCCCUGUUCUUUGCUGCUCAACAAGGACAUAAUGAUGUUGUGAGAUUUCUCUUUGAAUUUGGAGCAUCCACUGAAUUUAGGACCAAAGACGGGGGCACUGCCCUGCUGGCCGCCAGUCAGUAUGGGCACAUGAAGGUGGUGGAGACCUUGCUGAAGCACGGAGCCAACAUCCACGACCAACUUUAUGAUGGAGCCACCGCACUCUUCCUAGCUGCCCAAGGUGGUUAUUUGGAUGUGAUUCGAUUACUGUUGUCCUCAGGAGCAAAAGUCAACCAGCCCAGGCAGGACGGCACGGCGCCGCUGUGGAUCGCGUCGCAGAUGGGCCACAGCGAGGUGGUACGGGUCAUGCUGCUGCGCGGAGCCGACCGCGACGCCGCCCGCCACGAUGGUACAACAGCAUUACUGAAAGCAGCCAACAAAGGGUAUAAUGAUGUUAUAAAAGAGUUGCUGAAAUUCUCACCCACCCUCGGUAUUUUGAAGAACGGGACCUCGGCACUCCACGUGGCCGUGCUCAGCGGAAAUAUUAAGGCAGUCGCGCUGCUCCUGGAAGCAGGGGCAGACCCAGCCCUGAGAAACAAGGCCAAUGAACUUCCGGCAGAACUAACCAAAAAUGAACGUAUAUUGCAUCUCCUCCGAAGUAAAGAAGGACACAGGAAGAGCUAACUUAGUUUCAUAUUCGACUGAAAGAUAGAAACCUUAAUCAUAUUGUCCAAAAAGAAAUUGCUUUUCAAAUAGUGUUGGAAAUUCCUAGAAGAAUGAAAACGCCCAGAAUGCCCAUGCUGGGUCCCUGACCAAGAAGAGGUGUGCUUUGUGCCCUGAGUCAAGAGCAGAGCAACUCAGGGACCCCUUCCUCUCAUGUAGUGGGCUUCUCACACUGACCUGUAGCCCCACUCCAGGGGGCCUGGCACGUUAGUGGAUUCCACAGAAACUCGUUUUAAACUACAUCAACUUGGGUCUUUCAGUUAAACUCUAAGACAGAGUUAAACCCUCUGUCUUAAAAAUAGAAACAGAAAGCUUUGUUCCUUUACUGAAAGUCUGACCUUCAUUGAAUUGGUGCACUUUUGCUUUUAUGUUAAAUGUAUGUGUGCUCAAAGAUAUGGCUCCAUCGUAUUUUACAUAUAUAUGUAUGUCAUUCCAGUGUAAAAUGUUCCCCUCUAUGAAUCAAUGAUGUAUAAAGGUAUAUUAUUGAAAAGCCACUUGUGACAUUCCACCAUGUGCUUUUCAAAGAUGGACUGUUGAACUAUAAAAAAAAGAAAAAUUGUUCAUUUUUACCUGGAGUCAAUGUUGUAGGUAUGAUAGGAUACAAGUGGCAAAUUUGGAGAUUCAGAAAAUUACAAACCACAAGAAAUGUAGGCUUGUCUCUUUGAACCAUUACUUUGGGUCUAUUGCUGGGAAUCUAUUUCCUGUGCUGUAACUAAGUAGACUUAAUAUGAUGUGGAAUCUUGAGCUUCCAACACCAAUUGCUCGAUACAAUGACUUUGGAGUCCUUGGAUAAAAUGUGAUAUAAUAUGUUGCUAUUACUAUUGCAGAAGUAUAAGUAAUAAAAGACUGUUACUAGUAUUUAAUAAGUGUUCAUCUAUGCGUGUUUUUGGGCUGAUUGAUUCCAAGAAAGAAACCUGGGUUUUGUUGAAUUAUUCCUUUGAGGGGGGUCAAAAUUUAUACUCAAUGCACUUUAUAAUCAAUGGUGUCUAAAUGCCUCAGUCAGUGCCUAAUUGCACACACAAAAAUUAAACCUUCUUUCUAUAAUCUACCAUAAUAAACACCGAUGGCAUUUUGUUAUUUAAACACAUCUUUAGUUUUCUUGUUCA